AUGCAACUACUACAAUCAGCGCUCUGCUCUUGGCUCAUCUCCUCUGUUGCUCUUGCAGACCAGUCGGCACUGUACGAUGAGUACGGGGUUGUUGGGUUUGAGAACUUUGGAUUUGAAGGUUAUUUCAGACACGUUGCACAGCUGGACACGUCGAGCGACUGCCAGUGUGAGCUGGCCAGCAUGAACGAUAGAACCCUUUUCAGCGGGCCGAACUCGCCGCUUGACGAUGAGGUCUCGGUACACUUUAGAGGACCGCUAUCUUUGAAGAGCUUUGGGUAUUAUGUUGCCGACAGCUUCACCACCGGUGAGAGCUCGUCUGCUGAGUGGACCAGGUUGGCCUACUACAGCGGGGCUGAUGCCAUUGCUGAGAACGUGACGUUCUUGACUCCAAAUGGUGAUAAUUCCAAGUGUCUCGGUAACGCAAUCACAUAUGCCGGUUCGAACGGUACGGCAGCGGCCUCAUCAUCAACAAUUCUGGAGGAGAACAACCAGCUCGAAUCGGACGAUGAGUUCUCCAUCUUCUCAAACAUCACAUGUGGUGAGUCAGGCUUCGACAACGACUGCGGUGUGUAUAGAGAUGGCAUUCCAGCUUAUCACGGGUUCUAUGGUGAAACAAAGAUGUUCUUGUUCGAGUUCACCAUGCCUUCAGCUACGGGCAAAAACUCCACAUCUAUCGAGUACUACGACAUGCCAGCUAUCUGGCUCUUGAACGCACACAUCCCAAGAACCGCACAAUACCCUUCGAACACAAACUGUUCGUGCUGGUCCAGUGGCUGUGGUGAAUUUGAUAUCUUUGAAGUAAUGAACGGGACAGAGACCGACCAUCUAUACACCACAAUUCACGAUUUCCAAGGAACCGGUGAUAUUGGAACCGGUAUCCAGGCACAAGGCUGGAUCUUGAGAGAUACAGACUCUGUCAUGAGCGGUGGUGUUGUCUUUGACUCCGACGGUACCGUCAGUGUUUUCUUAUCUAAUAGCACUUCCUUCAACGCCACCAUCAGCGGCUCCAGCGUUAACUCUUGGAUCUCCGGCGCUUCGUCUGAUGAAGGUGACUACGACAGAGUCCUCUCCACUGUAACAAACACAGGUUACGACGUCACCACCACAACGGGGUCCUCAACGGGGUCCUCAUCCGCUACUUCAACGAGCAAAAGCGGUGCUGCCGCCGGUCCUACAGCGGAUUUCAAGCUCGACAUGAGAGUAGUGCCGUCGUAUCAGCGGUGCUCGGAGGAGGCUUCCACCUCCGAGAAGAAAUCACUCGUUCAACUGCUUCUUCUAUCGAUACAAGGAUAUACGUUAACUAGCGACAGAGAGUCAUACGAGAUGGCAUUGCUGGAUAUCGUUGAGAAUCUGGACUCUUUCCCCUAUGAUAAGGUGCCAAGUGUCCUCUACAGCUUGUAUACCCAUGACAGGGAACAGGUCAUCGGGUACAUCACUCCCUUCACGGCGGCUCAUCUUAAGCACUACGCAGAGGUUUUCCACGUGGAGGGCCAAAAGGUGUACAUUGCUAGCUCCUUGGACACUGUUGAGCUCAGAGACAGGGCCCUGAACGAGGUUGCCGUAUCAUUGAGAUCACAGGGUGCCAUUGGAUCGCUGAAAGGCUGGAGAGAUGAACUGUACACCGUCUACUACCCAGAGCACGUACCUUAUAUGAACCUCGAGAGGUCUUUCUGUCCGUUAUUGGGCGUUGUUAUGUAUGGCAUCCAUUUGAAUGGAUACGUGCCGCCAGGUGUAUCCAAGAGCGGUGGAUAUGAGUUCUGGAUCCCCAGAAGAUCCUUGACCAAACAGACCUUCCCGGGGAUGCUUGAUAACACCAUCGCUGGUGGACUAGGGUACCCGUAUGGGGUCAUGGAGACCGUGAUCAAAGAGAGCUAUGAGGAAGGUGGUCUGGAUGAGCAAUUUGUGAAGGACAACAUCGUUUCUGUUGGCUGUAUGUCGUAUUACUACGAAGUCACACCAGGUGUAUACGACAAGGAUGACUGUUUUGUUCAGCCGGAGUUUCAAUACAUCUUUGACCUACCAUUUGACACUGAGACAGUGCCUGUCCCUGUUGAUAUGGAAGCUGAACAGUUCUUUCUCAUGACCUUGGACGAAGCUUUGGAGGAACUUAACAAGGGCAUGUUCAAGCCAAACUGUGCCGUGGUGUUUAUAGACUUCCUCAUCAGACAUGGAAUACUGACAGAAGCAAAUGAGAAGGACUAUAUACACUUGGUUCAGAGAAGCCACAGACGCUUACCUUUCCCAUUGAGAUAG